GUGUGUGUCGCACGUUGAUGGAACUUCACUCACAGAGAUCUCAUUAUAGGUGCACUGUGAGAACCUACAAGUUUGAAGUUUCCCCUCCAAAAAGGACAAUCAAAGCAGCAGAAUGCGCGAGUGUAUCUCCAUCCACGUUGGGCAGGCCGGUGUCCAGAUGGGCAACACCUGCUGGGAGCUGUACUGCCUAGAGCAUGGCAUCCAGCCCGACGGCCACAUGCCCACUGAGAAGCCCACCGGUGGCUACGACGACUCCUUCACCACCUUCUUCAGCGAGACCGGCACGGGGAAGUACGUCCCCAGGGCCAUCUUUGUCGACCUGGAGCCCACAGUUAUUGAUGAGGUCCGUACAGGCACAUACCGCCAGCUUUUCCACCCUGAGCAGCUCAUCUCAGGGAAGGAGGACGCCGCCAACAACUACGCCCGGGGUCACUACACCGUCGGAAAGGAACACAUCGACUCUGUUCUCGACCGGAUCCGCAAACUGUCGGACCAAUGCACAGGGCUCCAAGGUUUCCUGGUCUUCCACUCCUUCGGAGGAGGAACCGGCUCAGGCUUCACCUCUCUGCUGAUGGAGCGCCUCUCAGUAGACUUUGGUAAGAAGUCUAAGCUGGAGUUUGCCAUCUACCCGGCUCCUCAGGUGUCCACAGCCGUCGUGGAGCCCUACAACUCCAUCCUGACCACCCACACCACCCUGGAGCACUCCGACUGCGCCUUCAUGGUGGACAACGAGGCCAUCUACGACAUCUGCCGCAGGAACCUGGACAUCGAGCGUCCGUCUUACACCAACCUGAAUCGCCUCAUCAGCCAGAUCGUCUCCUCCAUCACCGCCUCCCUGCGCUUCGACGGCGCCUUGAACGUGGACCUGACAGAGUUCCAGACCAACCUGGUGCCCUACCCUCGCAUCCACUUCCCUCUGGCCACCUACGCCCCAGUUAUCUCAGCAGAGAAAGCCUAUCACGAGCAGCUCACUGUGGCUGAGAUCACCAACUCCUGCUUCGAGCCAGCCAACCAGAUGGUGAAAUGUGACCCUCGUCACGGCAAGUACAUGGCCUGCUGCCUGCUGUACCGUGGCGAUGUGAUGCCAAAAGACGUCAACGUGGCGAUCGGCAACAUCAAGACCAAGCGCUCCAUCCAGUUUGUGGACUGGUGUCCCACAGGCUUCAAGGUGGGCAUCAACUACCAGCCUCCCACUGUGGUUCCUGGAGGAGACCUGGCCAAGGUGCAGAGGGCCGUGUGCAUGCUGAGCAACACCACCGCCAUCGCAGAGGCCUGGGCUCGACUCGACCACAAGUUCGACCUGAUGUACGCCAAGAGGGCCUUCGUCCACUGGUACGUCGGAGAGGGAAUGGAGGAGGGAGAGUUCUCAGAGGCCAGAGAGGACAUGGCCGCCCUGGAGAAGGAUUACGAAGAGGUCGGCAUCGACUCAUUCGAAGAAGAUGAAGAGGGCGAGGAGUAUUAAAACAAAUUGCAGAGGGAUUGGAUUAGAGGAAAGGUAGAGUUCUCUCAGAUUGUCAAAUGCUUCAUCACCUCAAGAAAUGAUUUUAAAGUCAUUGAGUUAAGUCUCCUCUAGAGGCAGUCUGAGUGUAAAUGUGCAGUUUUAUGACUGGUAUGUAGACCAUUAAAAAAAAACAAAAAAAAAAACACUAAUGUUACUGCCAAGCAGCGGUUUGUCCAAGCUCAAUCCCAUGGUGUUUGGUUUUACUGAAAAUGACUCUCCUGUGAGAGAGAAUGUACCUUUACCUUCUUUUCUAAUUAAAGAGCACCUAUUCUUCUCUUGAUCAAAA